ACUAGUCAUUAUUUCUAGCUUUCAUUUUUGCUGAAAGCUAAAACGAGGCAGUGUUGUGAAGAACAGAGGAGGACAAAUUAUAUUAGGAUUUCUGAAUGAACCCAGAUUAGAUUUUGAUUGUAAUGGUUAUUUUACUUUUCAAACCAAAGUUCAGAAAGUGAAAGUAAAUUGUAGAUCACUGGAUCUUUUACAAACGAGGAAAUGGAUUCAAAAUCUGCGGAAGAGCUUUCUUGUCCUGUUUGCUGUGAAAUCUUCAAGGUUCCUGUUAUUCUGUCCUGUAGUCACAGUAUUUGUAAAGAGUGUCUACAACAGUUCUGGAAAACUAAGAAAUCUCAGGAGUGUCCUGUCUGCAGGAGAAGAUCCUCAAAACAAGAACCUCCAAUUAAUCUAGCGUUAAAAAACUUGUGUGAUUCAUUGAUAAAGGAGGGAAAUGAGGAGAUCUGCAACUUACACAGUGAGAAACUCAAACUCGUCUGUCUGGAGGACAAACAGCCUGUGUGUUUAGUGUGCAGAGACUCAGAGAAACACGCCAAUCACACAUUCAGACCCAUCAGUGAAGUGCUUUCAUCUUACAAGGAGGAAUUUAAUACAGCACUGACAUCCUUACAAACCAAGCUCAAACAAGGAGAACAAAUGAAAAAAGAGUAUGAUGGAAUAAUUGAACACAUCGAGUCUCAAGCUGAGCAAACAGAGCGUCAGAUUAAAGAAGAGUUUGAGAAGCUUCAUCAGUUUCUCAGAGAUGAAGAAGAAGCUACAAUCACUGCACUGAGGGAGGAAGAGGAGCAGAAGAAGCAGAUGAUGAAGAAGAAGCUGGAGGAGAUGAACAGACACAUCUCAUCUCUUUCACACACAAUCAAAGACAUGAAGGAGAUGAUGAAAGCCAAUGACGUCUCAUUUCUAAAGAACUUUAACGUCACAAUGGAAAGAGUCCAGAUCUCACAGCCGGAUCCACAGAUGAGUCCUGGAGCUUUGAUUCAUGUGUCACAUUACCUGGGUAACCUGUCGUUCAGAGUCUGGAAGAAGAUGCUGGAAACUGUCCAACACACUCCGUUGACUCUAGAUCCAAACACAGCACAUCCUUGUCUCACACUCUCUACUGAUCUGACCAGUGUGUCGUACAGUGAUGAAGGUAAAAAGUGUCCUGAUAAUCCAGAGAGGAUUAACUGGUAUUUUUGUGUCCUGAGUUCUGAGGGCUUUAACUCAGGAACACACUGCUGGGAUGUGGAGGUUGGUGACAAUACAUGCUGGAGUCUUGGAAUAACCACAGCAUCAAACCAAAGGAAGGGAGAAGUUUUCUUUGAGUCUAAUGUCUGGCGUGUGCGGUACAUGAACAGAAAAUACUGCUCACAAUCCCCAGAGCAACCCUUGACUGCCUUUACUGUUAAAGAGAAGCUUCAGCGUGUGAGAGUUCAGCUGGACUAUGACGGAGGAACCGUGUCAUUCUCUAAUCCUGUAACCAAAAACAAUCUGUGCACAUUCAGGACAUCCUUCACAGAGACUGUCUUUCCAUUCUUAUAUAAUUACUGCACAACUUCCCCUCUGAGGAUUUUACCAGUUAAACUGUUUGUAACAGCAGAAAAUCACAGUUAAAUAUGAGUGAGUGAGGCUGCCACACCGGAUUCUGCAGUCAGGUGCAGUUGCUCCAGAGAUUAGGCUUGUUGACUUCAUGCAGCGCUGCGCAGACUGAUCGGCGGCUGACUUGAAGCAGUGCAUGCUGGUUAGAAAUUUUGUAACUGUGACGUAUGGCACCAAAGUACUGCGAGAGUGAUUCGAGAGCAGCCAGCUGGUUCAAUCUGCACAGCAUCUCUAGAGCAGCUGCACGAGCUCUGAUGACGACACAGCUGUUUCACGAUUGGCCGGAUUCACCGCACAACAACAAUCACGUGUGUUUUAUGUUUAUUCUCACGCCUUCAGUUCCACUAAUGCUCACAAAUCUGUAUUUUUAUAACAGUUAAAGUCGUGAUGUUGUAUUGUGUCAUGUUUAUCUAAAUAAAACUGAUAAAAACGUAGACCCCACUUUGGUAUUUCAAUAAUAUAUGUUUAUGUUGAACAUUAUUCUUGUUUAAACAGAUGUCCAAGCAGUACAUAAAGUAUUGAAUGAAAAUGUCUCUGAAACAUCUGUAUUUUUGACAAAUAUUGCUUUUAUUUCACUUCAGCUGUGAUAAAGUAUGCAAACACAAUGUGAGCGUCACUACUGGAAGCAAAAAAGUGUCCGACUUCACAACAUCCCCCCAACAUGGAUUCUGUCUCAAGUCGGACAACAUUUCUAACCAGCAUGCACUGCUUCAAGUCAGCCGCCGAUCACUCUGUGCAGCGCUGCAUGAAGUCAAACAAGCAUAUUGUGUUAUUAUUGGAGAUGAGAGGGUCUGUAUCUCUUACCAUUGGAAACAGUGUAACGGCUAACUUGGAUCACAUGCGGCACCUCUCAGCCUAUCGUGUGGCAGUGACGUCAGUGUCCGCCAUUUAAAGUUUUAUCACAGUCAGUUACAGCUUAUGUUAAUCAGUUUCUUGUGGAUUAGCAUGGCCAUGUUUAUAUUUGGUGUUUUAUCGCUAGCAAAUGAACAGUAGGAUUGCAUUGUUUGUGGAAUGUGAUUUACAUGAUCGGCUCAGAAUGCAUUUUCAAAUCCACAUUGAAUUUUGCUACAUUGAUCAUGUGAUAUUUAUUUAAAAUGCAAUCGCAAAUGUCUUAACUGUGAGUGUAAAUGCAAUUAAGAAACGUAACAUUUAAAUUAUCGUUUUGCUACAAUUUUUGCUUGACCAUGUUAAACAUAUCUAAUCAUUUCUGUAAUACAUUUUCAUUUAACAAACACGUGUCCAACAUUCGUUGGUCAAAAACUUUCAGCUUGAUUUUGGUAAAAUGUUAAUAAUAAUUUCUUAAUUUAUGGACAGUAUUUUUCUUCAUGCUACAUGCAGGGCUCUGUGUUACAUGGGAAAAGAUGUCACAAAAGGAUGUGCAUGAGUGACCUGUAGAAAUACAUCAGUGAAAUCCUUUUAAAUAAUUUGGUCACAUUAAUUCAAAAAUUAGUCACAAUAUUGACACAGUAAAUAAAUAUAAGUUUUUAGAAAACUAGGCUAUAUCACUCAUUUUUGGGGGUCAGCCACUGUUAAAAUGGCUUAAUAUAUGGUCAGACAGUUCCAUGUGUCAUUAUAUUGAUCACUUUUUAUUAAAAUGUCCCUUUGUAUUGAUUAAAACGUGAGAAGCCAAAAAAGACAAGAAAUAUUUUUAAAUAUAUUUCAAAAUAAAAAAAAUGGCCAAACAUAUAUUUGCUAAAAUAUUCUUAAAAUAUAUUUACAUAAAUAUAUGUUCUACCAAUAUAUUUUUGACCAUUAUUUGUACAUUUAAAAAAAAAAAAAAAAAUUUAAAUAUACUGAAAAAGAAUAUUGAAAAAUAUGUUCUGUUCUGUUUUUAUAUGACUGCUGCCCAGUAGCAAAAGUGUAGCAGAAGUUUUGUCUUUAUAACUUGGUAAAUGUUGUCAGGAGGUAUUACUUAAUUCCUGAAUUGGCAUUUUGUUGUGCUGGAUUUCUUGUCAGUGUUUUUUAUGACAACUGAUUAAUAAGAACCUCUAAAGUUUUUGGGAGAGGCGAGAACUUCAAACACAAAAGUGUUUGUAUGGCAAUUCCCUGGCUAGCCAACACUGAAGUCAAGGAACUUGUAAUUACAGUCUACAAGGCCAUGAAGCAGUACACUGUACCCACGGUUGUGGUAGUCAGUGUGGUAUGCUGAAGGUGUAAUAAUGGGGAUGUGUGUGCCGUCUAGGGCACCACCACACAUUGGGAAUCCAGUUCUGCUUUUAAAACCAUCAAUGAUAGCUUACACGUCUGCCUCAUCUGCCCUUGUCACAUAUUAAUUCCUAAUUUGGCAAAGUGCCUUGCACACCUCCCAAAAUAGGUCACAUGCUGUGCUGAUACCAACUUCAAAUAAACUGGCCACAUCAUGGGACUCCAUAUUGCUUGCCAACUUAUAGAGAGUGAUGGCAACUCUCUUUUCCAAGAAUACAGGACUUUUCACUGCAGUUACACUUAAAAUGAGCAUCCGCAAGAAGUUUUAAUCUGAACAUUUUCAGAGACAGGAAAAGAGAUAUUAUGAUGAUUACUUAGAAUUUUCCAAAUUCAACAGAACAUGAAGUUUUAAUUCAACACAAGCCAAUGUGAGAAAGCAGCGGCUGUUAAACAUACGUGAUUAUUUCACCACAGGGUGUCAGUGCUCGUCUAAACCAGCGACUGUGAUGCUCAAGUGUGUGAGAUGUGAUGAAUACGAUCAGUAUGAACAUUUAUUUAUUUGAAUUAAAUAUUUUAAUAUA